AAUAAUACUGAACGACGUGAAAGAUAUAUUUACGUAGCCAAUAUAUUUUAAUGUUCGAUUUGUGCGGCUGUGUAAGAUAGCAAGGCUAAAUCUCUACUGCGCAUGCGAUUAAUAUGCCUAUCAGUUGGAAUUUGGACCCAUUGGAGGUUUAUUUUGAGUUUGACAUCAGGAAUGUCAUGUGCGUAAUGAGUUUUGUGAUAUUGAUGAUGACAAGUAGUAUUUGAGGCUGUUUGAUAUUUAGGCGUUUGUGUCUCCUUUGAGAUGAGUAUGUGAUGAAAAUCAUAUAAAAAAAAUGGCUGACUAUUUUCAUGAAAUGGGAUGGACUCCUUUGGGUGAUGCGGAAACUCCCAAUCAUUUAUUACAAAUGGCUCGAUUUUUAAUGGACUCUGGUAUGUGGGAACUCUUGGGUGACCACGAGAAAUUGCCUCCUCCAGCUUCCAAAGAAGUUGUUCGAAAUCUAGAAGAAACUGAAUAUACAGAUAAUUCAGGAAGAAGAGAACAGUGUCCAGUUUGUAUAAAAGAUUUUGAAAAGGGGAUUAUUAUAAAAUCUUUACCGUGUAAACAUUUUUUUCAUAAAGAGUGUAUAGAACCUUGGUUACACAAGACAAAUUCGUGCCCACUAUGCAGAUACGAAUUACUUACAGACGAUAAAGAUUAUGAAAAUUAUAAACAAGAAAAGAAACGAGCCGUAGAAAGAGAAAAGGAUUUGGAAAUAUUACAUAAUUCAAUGUUUUCCUAAUAUGUAUUGUAUAUCAAUUUUUACUUAAAUUU